AUGGACUCCAAAUCGGGAUCUCUCGUCAAUGAGUCACCGCCCAGCUCGGACGCUGUGCAUCUUGAGCGUCUCGCCGUCGACGACGAGGAGAAGCACGUUGGCCACGUUGGGAGUCUGCAGAUCGAGGACGGCGACUCCCUCGAAAAGAGCCAGAGCGUGGAGGUGGACGUAGACGUGACGAAUCGAGGUGCCGUCAAGGGCGACGAGUCGGACGGCAAGGUCGACUGGACGUGGAUCCAAAUCAUCGCCACUGCCUGCCUCUCGGGAUUAUACGUCGGCUCUCAAAUCCCUCUCUACUUCCUGGGAGGUACCCUGACCUAUAUCUCCGCCGACCUCGGAGGAACUAAAGCGUCCGCCUGGCUCCCCGUGGCCUAUUCUCUUGCCCUGGGUGCUGUGACACCCUUUUGCGGCUAUCUGCAAGACUUGCUCGGUAGACGCUAUGUGACGCUCACGGGAGGCUUGAUCCUCCUGAUUGGGUGCAUCGUCAUGGCGACAGCCCAGACCUUCCGAGCGGGCGUUGUUGCCAUGUGCUUUGCCGGAGCUGGUGCAUCGAUUGGCGAGUUGACUGCCGUGGCCGGAACCGCCGAACUGGUCCCUAUCAAGAAGCGAGGCAUUUACCUAUCUAUCGUGACUGCGUCCAUCCUGCCCUUCGCUCCUUAUCUACUCUAUGCUCAACUCCUGGCCAAACACUCCACGUGGAGAUGGGGCAUGUGGCUCUGUGUGAUCUGGAACGCUGUUUGGUUCACUGGCAUCGCCAUCACAUAUUUCCCCAAGUCGCAGACUCGAGCACGAGGUGUCUCUCGAAGAGUACUCCUCAAGAGAAUCGACUUUAUUGGAGGCCUGCUGUCCAUCAUCGGCCUGGUUCUAUUCCUCAUUGCCCUGCAGGCGGGCGGAUCCUCGCACCCGUGGAAAAGCGCUUACGUACUGGUCAAUCUAUUCAUUGGCUUCUCACUGAUUGUCGCUUUCUUCCUGUGGGAAUGGAAGUUCGCCAAAUAUCCCAUGAUACCCAAGGAGUUGUUCCAUGGUCAGAAUAUCGUGGCCAGUUGCUUCGUCGUGUCGUUUGUGUCAGGAAUGAACUUCUCUGCUCUACUCAACUUCUUCCCCUUGGAGUUUACGACCGUCUUCGUCCCUGACCCCAUCCAAAUCGGCUUGAAGGAUAUCCCGCCUGCGCUUCUGCUGAUCGGUGGCUCCAUCGCGACGAACGCCCUGCUGUCAUACCUGAGAGGACACGGCCGCGAGCUGAUGCUUGUUGGAUGUCUCAUCAUGACUGCAUUCUCCGGUGCUCUCGCAUCCAUCAACCCGGACAAGACUGCCGCCGUGAUCGGAAUCGGCUCCAUGGCGGCGCUAGGCGUUGGGAUGGUAACGUCCCCCGCGUCGACCAUCGCGAUCACAGUGGCGCCCGACUCCACCAUCGCGACGUGCGUGGCGCUGAUCCUGUGCAUCCGGGCCACGGGCGGCUCAAUCGGCUAUGCCAUCUAUUACAAUGUCUUCAUCGAGAAGCUGACGCCGGCGCUGCCCAAGUACGUGGCCGAGUACGCCGUCGCGGCGGGGCUGCCGGUGGGCGAGGCUGAGCCCUUCACCGCGCUGUUCCUCACCGCGCCGCAGAACGUCACCGAGGUGCCCGGCGUCAACGCUGCCAUCCUUGAGGCCGCCACCAUCGGCAGCCGCUGGGCCUACGCCCACGCCCUCAAGUACGUCUGGUACAUCAGCCUGGUAUUCGGCAUCUGCUCCAUCGUCGCUUGUUGCUUCGUCAACAACAUGCAGAAGUACAUGACCAACCGGAUUGCUGCGAAGGUCGGCAACUAA